UGGGCCACGCCUCCCGGCGCACCGCCGCUCCUCCCCGGUUGCUAAAGGGCCUUGGAUACCUGGCCGCGGGAUGCUGGGCGGUGUCAGGUGACCGGUGGUCGCUGAGCGUCAGGUAACCAUGGAGAAAGAGCUGCGGAGCACCAUUGUUUUCAAUGCCUACAAAAAGGAGAUAUUUACCACCAACAAUGGCUAUAAAUCCAUGCAGAAAAAACUUCGGAGUAAUUGGAAGAUUCAGAGCUUAAAAGAUGAAAUCACAUCUGAGAAGUUAAAUGGAGUGAAACUGUGGAUUACAGCUGGGCCAAGGGAAAAAUUUACUGCAGCUGAGUUUGAAAUCCUGAAGAAAUAUCUUGACAGUGGUGGAGAUGUCCUUGUGAUGCUAGGAGAAGGUGGAGAAUCCAGAUUUGACACCAAUAUUAAUUUUUUACUAGAAGAAUAUGGAAUCAUGGUUAAUAAUGAUGCUGUGGUUAGAAAUGUAUAUCACAAAUAUUUCCAUCCUAAAGAAGCUCUAGUUUCCAGUGGAGUCUUGAACAGGGAAAUUAGCCGAGCUGCAGGAAAGGCUGUGCCUGGGAUCAUUGAUGAGGAAAGCAGUGGAAACAAUGCCCAGUGAGUGUGUUUUCUGAUGCCACAUGAGGAGGAUGUAUCAUUUUGAAGAGUCUUCUUUUUCAAAAUGAAAAGAGCUUUUGUUUCUGGUUACAAAAAUAAUCAGAAUUUGAACAGUUCAAGAGGAAAAAAGUAGAAGCUCUGCACUGGCUCUCACCUUUGUGUAUCCUUUUGGUGCCACAUUGAGUGUCAUGAAACCAGCAGUGGCUGUUCUGUCUACAGGUUCUGUCUGCUUCCCACUUAACAGACCCAUUCUGGCUUUCUAUCAUUCAAAGAACCAAGGUGGGAAGCUGGCAGUGCUUGGAUCAUGUCACAUGUUCAGUGAUCAAUAUUUGGACAAAGAAGAAAACAGCAAAAUCAUGGAUGUUGUUUUCCAGUGGCUCACGACAGGAGACAUCCACCUAAACCAGAUUGAUGCCGAAGACCCAGAGAUUUCUGAUUACAUGAUGCUGCCCUACACAGCCACCCUAUCAAAGCGGAAUCGAGAGUGUCUCCAGGAGAGCGAUGAGAUCCCGAGGGACUUUACCACCCUCUUUGACCUGUCCAUCUUCCAGCUGGAUACCACCUCCUUCCACAGUGUCAUCGAGGCUCACGAGCAGCUAAAUGUGAAGCAUGAACCGCUCCAGCUCAUCCAGCCUCAGUUUGAGACACCCCUGCCAACCCUUCAGCCUGCGGUUUUUCCUCCCAGUUUCCGGGAGUUACCACCUCCACCUCUGGAGCUAUUUGAUUUAGAUGAAACAUUCUCCUCUGAGAAGGCACGGCUGGCUCAGAUUACCAAUAAGUGUACUGAAGAAGACCUGGAAUUCUAUGUCAGGAAGUGUGGUGACAUUCUUGGAGUAACCAGUAAACUACCAAAGGACCAACAGGAUGCCAAACAUAUCCUUGAGCACGUCUUCUUCCAAGUGGUGGAGUUCAAGAAAUUGAACCAGGAACAUGACAUCGAUACAAGUGAAACAGCAUUCCAGAACAAUUUCUGAAGACCAUGCCUCUUGAAGCUUUUUCUGCCUCCUGAUUCUCUCUUUAUAAACUAUUUUCAAAUUGUUCCUCAACUCCUUAUCAAAAUUGUUUAUACACUCUUUCCUCCAUGAGCUAUGAAAGGUAUAUGCAUCUUCUGUAAUACCCAGAUAGGUAUAAGAUUUUUCACAAAAUCCUUAUGUAAGAUACAUUCCGUUUUUAAAAAUUAAAUGUAUGGUUGCAUCUGUCUUUUUAUACC